GUCAGUAGUCGCCUUCCUGCUGCUGGUUUUGAAUAUGCAACAACGACCAAUGUGUCCCCUCUAGUUUUAAAUCGCCUGGCCGAAGUGCGGACUACUGUUUUAUAUUAUAGUAGACGGUGUUUUGACGAUGUUAUGCUGCAACCACGGCGUGUCGGUGACGGGAUUUAACCAAGCUGGCGACCCGGACUGGCGCUGUAAGGUGAAAGUGAAAGUAGCUUCAGCUCUGGACGCCAAGGAGGAGAGCCGUUAGUAAAAUAUGUUUAAACACGGUAUCACCUCUGUGGACCAUGUUGCGAGACAGAAACUGAUAUAAACUGCUCUUAAAUGUGAGCAUUUUUAGCUAAAAGCAGGAGUAUACAUACAAAAAACAGCAAAGGAUUUUAGUAGUUUGAACCUAUAGGAGGAUAUAAGAUGGCAACUGCAAGAAACAAUGAGUUUAAACUCCUCGGACCUCGUGAUAUAGAUGAGCAGCCUCUCUCUGCUGUCACUCUGUCCUGUCACCUGUCUCCUGAAAUCAAUGCUGUUGCCAUGGAGAUCAGGUGGUUUAGGGAGACGGACUGUGUUUGUCUCUAUAAGAACAGGCAGGUGACAGAGGGGAGGGGCUACGAGGGCAGAGUGAGUCUGUUCAUUCAGGAGCUGCAGAGAGGAAACGUCUCCUUACAGAUCAGAGACUUCAGAGAGUCAGACAGAGGAGAUUAUUUGUGUCAGGUCACCAGUGGAGACACAACAGAGGAGUGUACUGUGGGAACAUGGAGUCCUUUCUCAGAGAUGCCCAUCUCAAGAGAAGCGGAGACAGAUUCUCCUCAAGCUCCUAAAGUCUUCAUUUCUCAGGAGACCAGAAAAUGGACAGAAGAGGAAAGACUGAAAAUGAAGGAAUCUGCUAUAGCUACUGAAAUAACAGGACAGGCUAAACUUCUGAAAGACAAAGAGAGCCUUCUAAUGGAGAGAAAUGCACAGCUGGUGGAAAAAGGCAAACAAAUUCAAGAGAAAGAAAAACUUCUAACAGAAAACAGAGAAACGCUUCAGACGAAGGACAAGAUGCUGGAAGAGAAAGAAACACUUCUCAUGGAGGCUAAAAGCAAACUGGCAGAAAUAACCAAAGAAUCUAAGAUGAAUCAGAUGUACCUGAAAGAUAAAGACACACAACUAGAGAAUCAGAUCGAACUGCUGAGAGAGAAAGAGACUCUACUGGAGAAAACAGAGAAAGAGGUAGAAAGCAGUAAAAAGCAGCUGGAGACUCUGAGAAAGGAACGGCAGGACAAGAGCAGCAAACUACAGGAGAUGAUGAUCCUACUGGAACAACAGAAAACUGAACUCACCUGUCAGCAGAAAGAGUUAGAAGAGAAAGAACAACAACUGAAACACACAGCCCAACAGAAUUCAGACCUACAGACUGAAACUGAAACACUGAAAACUCUCAUUUCUUCUCGGACAACUGAUUUAACUGAAAGGUCCAAACAACUUCAAGAGUCCAAAAACAUUCUAACAGAGAGAGACAGACAGCUAAUGGAGAGAGAAAGACAAAUUCAGGAGAAAGACAAACUUCUCACAGAGACACAAAAUGAACUGAGACAAACAACAAAGAAGUUAGAGGAUAAUCAGAGGGAAACUAAUGAAAGAUUAGAAAGUGUUAAUAAACAGCUUGAAGAUAAAGACACACAACUGGAGAAUCAGAUCAAACUGCUGAGAGAGAAAGAGACUCUACUGGAGAUCACAGUGAAAGAGGUGGAAAGCUGUAAAAAGCAGCUGGAGACUCUGAGAAAGGAGCUGCAGGAUGAGAAGAUCAAACUACAGGAGAUGAUGAUCCUACUGGAACAACAGAGAACUGAACUCACCCGUCAGCAGAAAGAGUUAGAAGAGAAAGAACAACAACUUAAAAACACAGCCCAACAGAAUUCAGACCUACAGACUGAAACUGAAACACUGAAAACUCUCAUUUCAUCACAGACGACUGAUUUAACUGAAAUUUCGAAACAGCUUCAAGAGUCCAAAAACAUUCUAUCUGAGAGAGACAGACAGCUAAUGGAGAGAGAAAAACAAGUGGAGGUGAAAGACAGACUUCUGACAGAAAAUACAUCAACACUUCAGAUGAAGGAGAAGAUUUUAGAAGAGAAAGACAAACUUCUCACAGAGACACAAGAUGAACUGAGACAAACAACAAAGAAAUUAGAGGAUAAUCAGAGGGAAACAAAUGAAAGAUUAGAAAGUGUUAAUAAACAGUUUAAAGAUAAAGACUCACAACUGGAGAAUCAGAUCAAACUGCUGAGAGAGAAAGAGACUCUACUGGAGAUCACAGUGAAAGAGGAGGAAAGCAGUAAAAAGCAGCUGGAGACUCUGAGAAAGGAACUGCAGAACAAGAGCAGCAAACUACAGGAGAUGAUGAUCCUACUGGAACAACAGAAAACUGAAGUGAGUGAAAAAGACAAACAGCUUGAAGAGAAGGAGAGACUUCUAAGUGAGAGAAACACACAGCUAAUGGAAAGAGACAAGCAGGUUGAGGAGAAAGACAGACUUCUAGAGGAGAGAAACAAGCAGCUGCAGGAGAGAACAGAUCCAGACUCAGCAGCUCCAGCCAGGAGGAGAAACAGCAUGUUGGUGCCUCCAUCCAUGAGUGAAGAGCUCUGGCUGGUGCUGCUGGGGAGGACUGGAUGUGGGAAGAGAGCAGCAGGAAACACCAUCCUGGGCAGAGAGGACAGGAGCCAGGCUGGAGCGUCUACAGUGAGGCAGCAGAGUGAGAGCAGACAGGGAGAGGUGGCUGGGAGGCAGGUGACUGUGGUGGACACUCCUGACUGGUUCUGUCCUGGACUCUCUCUGGAGGAGCUGAGACAGGACGUGGGACUCUGUGUCCAUCUGUCUGCCCCAGGACCCCACGCCUUCCUCCUAGUCAUACCAGUGAAGCAGUCUACAGGAGAGGAAGAAGGAAUGCUGGAGAAAAUGGAGGAGAUCUUUGGAGAGAGAUGUUGGAGGAACACCAUGAUACUUUUCACUGUUACUGAUGAAGUCCAAGAGAAGAACAUUGAAGAGUUUAUCCAGUCAGGAAACCAGGAGGUCCAGAGACUUGUGGAGAAAUGUGGGAACAGGUUUCACUGUCUCAGCGCUAAGGAGAGUGGAGAUGGUUCUCAAAUCUCAGAGCUGCUGGAGAAGAUCGAGAAGAUGGUGGAAGGAAACAGAGAGAAAUUCUACAGCAGUGAGAUCUACUUGGAGACACAAUCUCAGAUCAGAGCAAUAGAGAGUAAGGUCAUGAAAGAAAGAGAAGAAAAGAGGGUGAUGGAAGAGAGAGAAGUUAAGGAAAAACUGGAAAAGGAGAUGCAGAACUCUCUGAGAAGGAUAGAGGGAGUAAUUCAGGAGCAUGAAGGAGACAUCAGGCAACUAAAUAAUCGAACAACUGAACUGGAGAGAAAGAUGAAAGAAGAAAGAGAUGAAGAGAAAAAGAGAGAACUUGAGAGAGAGAUGCAACAAGAGAUAGUGAAAAGAACAGAAUUGGAGGGACAGUUGAAGAGGCUAAAAGAAAAGAGAGAGAGGGAGAGGAGAGAGAUGGAGGAGAGACACAGAGAGGAGAUGGAGGAGAUCAAGGGAAGGUAUGAAGAAGCGACAAUGGAAGUAAAGAAAAACCUCAUGAAGAUCUUUCUGCCCGAACUCCAGGCCUCAAAGUCAAAGAUGCAGGAAGAGUUCAGCAGACAGAUGGAGGAGAAGGACAGAGAGCUGGAGACACUGAAACGAAGUCUUUCACAGCUCGCAGAGACUCACAGUCUGCUGAAGGAAGCAUACCAGACAACAGUGUUGAGCAUAGCAGGUCCAGAGCAAGAGGAACAAUAGUAAAUAUGGGAGUAAAACAAUUGGGACACUCUUAUCAGUACAUGCAGAAAAAGAGAGAAUGAACAGGACAGAAGCAAUGGGUGAAGCCUGUAAAGUAUAUAUUCUUUCAGACCUUCUGACAGCUGAAAGAAAUGAUCAACAGGUCUCUAUGCUCUGACUUGCACUAGCAACACUAGUUUAAAGGUGCUACAGCUCAUUGCAGUUCACUGUAUAACCUGCAGAACACUUAAAGGAUAUUGCUCAGAAUAUUUUUCAGAUUUGUGCAGUGACCUGCAGUUUUCAAACACAUUACUGACUCAUCAGUUGCUGCUGGAAGUGGAGAUCCUGAAGGGUCUUUCAACAGGGCCUUUCUGGUCACAUCUUUUAUUUAAAUGAAGAAGUUCAAGCAGUUAAUUCAGUUUAAUUCAUACCAAUAUCAAAGCUGUGCUCCAAUUAUUUUUUUAGUUAUAAAUUCUAAAAGUUUGCCCAGCAAGUUCUAAACUGCAUCUUAAGUAUUCAGUUUGUUCACAAUCAGAAAUACAGAACCUUUUUAAAUUAGUUGAUAUGUUGGCAUUUUGGGUGCCUCUGCAAGAGAUUCCAUGCAUAAUCCCUGUUAGGAAAAUAUUGGGUCAAACCGGCCAAUAAAAUGGAUUUUUAUUUGUGAAGCCAUUUUGGAUUUAUGAUGUUGCUUCAAAUAUUGAAUUCAGAAAUUCAAAAUAAAAUGAAAAUGCUAGACAUGUAGGUACACAUCAUAAAUCAAAUUUUGUUAAUAAAUUAUCCAGUUGUGAUAGUAUUAAGAUAAAACCAGCUCAUUUAAUGUUAAAUGUUGUAUUUAUACCCAAUUAACAUUUAAUUUCCAUUAUAAGCAGUUGAAUUCGAUAGUUAAGUGAAUAUGGAGGCACCACUGAAUUUUUGAUUGGUGCACAGCUUUAAAUUUUGUAUUAUUGCAUGUUUUUGUUAAAUUUUUUUAAUGGAAGUCAAGGCUGAACAGGCCCUAGGUGAGUUUGUAAGGAAUAACCCCAAAUUUCUACGAAUGCACUGUGAGUGGACACAAUGCUAUUUUAUUUUGUAUUAUUACCAGUGGCACUGUCUGAUGCUGAUUUUGCAGUAGUCAGCACUUGAAUCAGAUGUUGAUGUCUUAUUUGUUGCACACCAUCCAGUAUGUAAUAUUUUGAAUACAAGAACAGUAUU